AUGGAAUUGGACACUUUUAACUCUAUUAAUUCAGUAACACAGACACACAGCGAUGAGAAACCUUUAUGCAGUGAAACAAUUAUUGAACAAACAUCGUUAGAGAGAAAUAUUCCUGGACAUUGCAGUGAAAUUUACCAGAAAAUAUUUCCUGAAGGUGAAUCGUAUACGUAUAAAGAAAUUCAUAAUGGGGAAAACUCUUAUCAUUGUGAGAUUUGUGCGAAAGAUUUUGUUUCUAACAAUAAAUUAACAAAACACAAGAGGAUACAUACUGGAGAAAAACCCUAUCACUGUGAAAUUUGUGGGAAAUCAUUCUUUGAAAAGUCUAGCCUCCUUCGUCACCAAAGAAUUCAUACUGGAAAGAAUUUGUUUCACUGUGAAACGUGUGGUAAGUCUUUUGUCUGUAAUAGUAAUUUAACAGCACACAAAAGAACACAUACCGGAGAAAAACCUUAUGAGUGUGAUAUAUGUGAGAAGUCGUUCUCUGAUAAAUCUACUCUUGUAGUUCAUCGGAGAAUACACACCGGAGAGAAACUAUUUCACUGUGAAAUAUGCGGCAAGUCGUUUGUCUGUAACAGCAGUUUAACAUCUCACAAGAGGACACAUACUGGAGAAAGACCGUAUCACUGUGAUGUGUGUGGGAAAUCGUUUUCUGAUAAUUCUACUCUUGUCGUUCAUCGAAGAAUUCACACGGGGGAGAAAAUAUUCCACUGUGAAGUGUGUGGAAAGUCUUUUGUUUUUAAUAGUGACUUGAAGCGGCACAGCAGAAUCCACACUGGGGAAAAACCGUAUCUUUGUGAAAUCUGUGAGAAAUCGUUCUGUGAUUAUUCCCAUCUCUUACGUCACCGAAAUAUACACACUGGAGAGAAAAUGUAUCGUUGUGAAAUAUGUGGGAAGUGUUUUGUUUUUAAGAGUAAUUUGAAAAAACACGUAAGAAUACACACUGGAGAGAAACCUUACGAGUGUGAAGUCUGUGGCAAAUCCUUUUCUGACCAUUCUGGAUUUGUAGUUCAUCGAAGAAUACAUACUGGAGAUAAACGAUUCCAUUGCGGGAUAUGCGAGAAGUCGUUUGUUACAAAUUGUGAUUUAAAGAGGCAUAAUAGAAUACACAGUGGCGAAAAACCCUAUCCGUGUGAGAUUUGUGGCAAAUCGUUUAUGAUAAAAAGUACGUUAACAAAACACAACAGAAUUCACACUGGAGAAAAGCCAUAUCAUUGCGAAAUAUGUGGAAAGUCGUUCUGUGACAACUCUAGUCUUUCAGUUCACCGAAGAACACACACUGGUGAAAAACGAUUCCAAUGUGAGAUAUGCAGCAAGUCGUUUGUCACUAAUGGUCACUUGAAAUCACAUAAAAGAAUUCACACUGGAGAAAAACCUUUCCACUGUCAGACUUGUGGGAAAUCGUUUCGUGAAAAUUCUUAUCUUGUAAUACACAAAAGGAUACACACAGGAGAGAAACCCUUCCACUGUGACUUGUGUGGGCUGUCUUUUGUAUCUAACAGUGAUUUAACAAAGCACAUCAAGAAACAUACUGGAGAUAAAACUAUUCCACCAUGA